AUGACUGAUAUAUCGCAUGGAGAUGCUAUAAUUGGUGGGUUCCAUUCAACGCUGGACAAUGUUGAUGAAAUGUUUGCCAAAUUGAGUAUUCCUGAAAUUCAACGAUUAUCAUCUCAGUACAAUUCAAUCAUUGCCACAACCAAGGAUGAACUUCACAGCUUAGUCAGCGAUAAAUAUCGCGACUUGAUCAAAAUUGCUGAAGAUAUUGGUGACUUACGAAGCAAGUCGCUUACAAUUGAAGAGAACUUGCAAGAAAUAUCAUAUAAACCAUCAACAUUUGUAUCACCAUACACCGAUUCGUACGCCAACUUUGAUUCUAUCUUGAGACACCAAAACGCAGCUAAAGCUCAACAUAACUCGCGAUCAGUUAUAGUUCGAAACAUCAUUCAGAAGCGGUUGGCUAAAUUGGUCAACAAGAUCUCAUGUGAAGGACGUAGUCCAAUUCAUCAUACUUCCAACUUUAUACCGUUUGUUAAGGAGUUAUACACAAUAGAAACAGUAUUUAAUGAUGUAUUGCAAGAAAAGAAGGAUCUUCAACAGCAAAUGCAUAAUAUCAAGCACCAUUUACUUGAAUAUUUCAAACAUGAAAUUGCUGUGUAUAAUUUCCCCUUGACACUGUUUAAUUCAAAUGAUAGAUUUAGUCUUCGUCAAAGAUUUUUAGAGAAAGAUUUUACUACUGAUCCAAACUUGAAGUUUGCUGAGGAUGUUUCAUUUAUUGAUGAUGAUGACUUUGACGAGUUUCAAGAUGGUGACGAUGAUCUUGACGAAACUCAAGAGAAGUAUGAGCGAUUUGACAAAUUGGACACUUUUAAAAACACAAACUAUAAUAGAAAUGUCCUGGCAUUAUGUAACUACUUGGUGUGUUAUACCAUUUUGUCGAGUGAUAUUGAAAAGACCGAAGCAGUCAAACAUAAAUUGAUCGAUCUUAGAAUGGAGUACUUGAAAAUGUUAUUGUCCCAAUCAAUUCAAAGCCAGCAGACUGUCAAUUAUCGUCUGGUGUUUUUGUACUUGGAAAACACCUGCAAUUACCUUAAAAGUUAUUUUGGUGACACUGACAGUGAUUACUUGCGCACACUUCGGGAUGUAUCCAAACCAUGGAGUCUAACAGAGUUAGUGGGACACAAAGGGUGGAUUGAUGACGUCCAGGUGGAAUUUGGAAGAAACAUAAAUUCAAGAGAAGAAACCCCACAAGUUAGCGUACAAGACUUUGACAAAGUUAUGGCUUUCAUAACCGAAUUGGUUUCCGGUUCAUCCGAGUCCAACAAAACAGUGCCUACGGUGGAUGUUUUAUCUGCAUCCAUUGUCAAAUACCACGACCUUAUUAUGAGUUUAAAAAGGUUGGACAGUGCAACCAAGCUUGUUGGGCUGCAAUCUCAAUUAGUUGAACUUGUUUCUGAAACAACUUUGUUAAAGGAAAUGUCGGUAGACCUUGAGAACAUGAUCAAGGAAAUUUACGAGAGCCACAUAUCACAACUAAUGAGUGAUAAGGGUAUAUUAGGAUCGGUUCGAGAUGUAUUGGAUAGUGCAUCCAAUCACAAGGCUAGUCACAAUCCGUUUGAUCCCGAUGUUGUGAAUUUGAUGGAUUAUAAUCUUGGUGAGUAUAUGAAAUUAGUCAUACACAGUGAUGAAAACUCAAACCAAUCACCAUACAACACCACCUACCAAUUGAGUAAAUGGUUAAAUGAGUACUUCCAGUUAAAAAAGAUUACCGAUUUUGAUCGAAAUGCAAUGGAAUUGUCCAGGGAAAAACAAGUUAUCUAUGAUUAUCUUCCUCAAUUAUAUCAUAGUUUACAAGGAGAAGCUAUUCAAUGGGGUGAUUUCACUGCCAAAAGUUUAAAGGGCCGUUUUCAAUCACUUUACACCACCGUAAGUCAAAGCUUUCGUGACGAGGUUGCAAAAUUUUGCGCGUCUUUACUAGAGUUGAGUUUGGAUGAAAGUGAUGUCAGCAAGUUAAUUUACCUCAUUGGGCUUUUGACAAAAUUGCGAGAUGUUAUUCAAUCUAAAAGUGCUGAAAUGAAUCAAGACACAAAGAAACUUAUAAAAGCAAUGGAGUCGAAUACUGCUAGCAUCUUCAAAAAAGUUGUUUCUCAAGUAUUGGAUAAUAAAAUUGACAAAUUACGAGAUUUGGUUGUCUUAGAAGAGCCACAAGCUAACGAAGCGGAUAUACCAACAAGACCCAGUCUUGAACUUGCUCUGAACUUAUAUGAGAUAGCACAAAUAUUCCUCACACAGGCAGCCAAAAUUGAGCCCAAUAAUGUCAAUUUGUUUCUGAACUCGUCGACAUUGGAUCAUUAUAUAAAGGCCAAAAAUGAAUGGCUUGAUAAAGUGAUUGGCACAAUCAUGUCUAAAACCAGCCCAUCAGAAGAUUCACCCAGUGAUAGUGAUGAUAAAACUGAAGCAGGAGAGGAAGGUGAGAGUACGAAUUCCAAUGAAGAUACAAAACCGUCGAAAACCACCACACUAUUACAAAUUGCAGCAAACGUUGCCUUUUUACAAUUGUUUUGCAAGCCUAACAUUGACGCGAAAGUAAUUAAGAGCAUAAUCGAAUCCAUCCAUGUUACUAAGGACCAAAAUUUCAAUGAAAACACUUUGGAAAUCAUUUCCAGUGGAGUUUCUUCAUUUUACAAAUCAAGAAAGAAUAUCUAUCAACCUCUUCUGUUAUAA